AUGUUAGAAGUUGGUAGAGUGGUCGAUCUGAAAUGCGAAGAUGUUCAAGAUCUGACCAUUCCACAAGAGCAUAUGUGGCCGAAUACGUUAAACUUUUGGUUGGGCAAGUUCGUUUGUGCAGUGGCCAAGCAAAAUGGAGAGCGUUAUCUGUCCACUUGCGAUCGCUUUAUUUGUUAAUUUGUGCGAUUAA